UUAAGACCUUGGUAUUUGGUAUUUCUAAACACUCUAAAUAGGAAUUUUGGUUCAUUUUAGUACUUUGUUGAUUUGGGCAGCUGUAUAAGUGACUAGAGAAAUGUAUAAUGCGUAGUAUUUAUGCAGAGAACAUGAGUGCUCAAAUUAAUUCAAAUAUAUUAUACAAAAUACUUUUUUAUUUUUAUUUUUAAUAUAUUUCAAUAAAUGAAUUAAUUUUAUAGUUUAAUAUUAGAAUAUAAUUUAAUUGCCACUGUAAGUAUAUAUUUAUAUAUUCAUUUUAAGCAUAAUUUAUUUGUAUUUAUGUAUGUUUUAAUGUGCUUUUUCUUGUAUUUAUUUAACUGCUGCCUGUCUAGGUUGUGAUUUUUUUUAUAAAAGACAUUUUAAAUCUCAGUUUAAUUUAACAGUGUCAUGGUAUUAACAUAGGGAAAAAGCCAUCAGGCAUUCAUGUUUCCAGUCUUAGGUUUCUAUUUCCCAGAUUCACCUACUGUUCGUGCUACAUUUAGCUGUACUGUUACAUUAGCUGUAUGUUCCUGCUGUGGUUUCCUCACUUCUCCCUGUAACUCUUACAUAUGCCAUGUGUCUAUAUAAGUGUGUGUGUAUGCGUAUGCGUAUGUGUAGCCUGUAUGAUUAUAACCCCUGUAAGAGGAGCUUUGUGGUUUGUGCUAUGUGGUUGAGUCUAUUUUCUGCUGCAGAGGGCAGGACACAGUGGCAUAACUGCAGACUUAAUGACACGUUUCAGAAGCAAGCCACUUACCGGCAUGAAAAACUCCAGCUGAACUGCUAUUAGGUGUAUAUUUGUUUAUGUGUGUACAGGUAUCUUUGAAUCAAGGCGUCAGUAUAUGUCUGUGUGUGCAUUAAUGUCAGUGUCUCUGUAUUGUCCAGUUGUGUGUGUAUGUGUGACAGUGAGAGCAGUGGCCAUAUUCAGUAUAGUGACAGAGGCUUUCUGUUCUCUCUUCCCUCUUUGUCAUACACUGGACGUGAUUGUGAGAGGCGGCCUGCAGGACUUGCCAGCUGCACUUGCAAACAUGACAUCAGGAAUGAAGGGAGAGAGAGGCUAGCUAGGGGAAGGAGCAAAAGAAGAGGAAGUUUGGUUUUGUACCAGCUGUUGAGUUAAAAACCGUAAAUGUCCAUCAUCAUCUUAAUCAAUAUUCAUUCACUUUACCUAACCUGUCUUUGCUUGUUUGGAGAAGCAAAGCGUCUCAUUCCAGUCGUUUCCUUGACUGGACAUGCCAGCAGAGGAAAGAGAUUUCCUUGCAUUAAUCUCACAAAGCUUUGGCUUUCAAACCUCUGUACAAUUUAGGAUGUCUUUUAGAUACAUUUCAAGGAAACAGUUGACUCAUUGGACAACUGGCAGAUUAAGCAUCUUUUGUCUGAGAGACAGUGGUAUGAGUCAGAGACGGAGGAGAGGUGAGGGAAGGAGGGAGAGGGGGAUUUCAGGAUCUAAACGAAUGUCAUGAAGUGAUCGAUAAUUCCAUAGACAUGGACAGGCUGAAUCGGAAUGUUCCAGAACACGGCCGUCAAACUCAUCAGGUCUUACAGAGCACACCACUGGACCUGAUUGAAACAGGCAAGACUCUCAAAGUCCAGGCAGAACGACCCCACCUUGUCAGCUUGGGAAGUGGCCGUCUGAGUACGGCUAUAACCCUGCUGCCCCUGCCAGAGGGGAAGACUACUCUCGGGCAUGGGAACACAGACAUUAAUAUUCAGGGUCCGGGUGUCACUGCUCAACAUUGCUACAUUGAAAAUGUGGGGGGAGCCAUCACCCUGUACCCCUGCGGAAAUCAGUGCUCAAUGGAUGGCUUAGCAGUUACCAAACCUGUCAGACUCACACAAGGGUGUAUGCUGUGUUUUGGUCAGUCAUCCUUUUUUCGCUUUAACCACCCAGAGGAGGCCCUCAGGAUGAAGAGUUUGAUGCCAGGUGGAAGCCCUGGAUAUAACAGUACCUACAAGAACCACUCAGAAACCCAUGGGCAGCUCAAUGGAAACCACCUUCCUUUGCACGAGCGACCUCGUCCUGGACACGGCACUCUUGUGCGCUCUAUUGAGAAGGAUCUUCAGGACAUUAUGAAUUCUCUGACUAUGGAUGAAGGCCAGACUUCCUCAUCUGAGCAAUGUAAAAAAACCCGCCACCCCAUUCCACAGUCUGCCAUGCUCAAUGGGAGCGGCCACAGUCUUGUCUCCCCUCCAACCAGUCCUGGUACUUUGUCCGUAAGCUCCAGCUAUGAAAAUACCAGUCCUCCUUUCUCUCCCCUCUCCACCCCUUCUGUGGUUAGCAGUCCAGGGGCUUGUUUGGAUUCCACUAAUACCCGUUCCACCAGCUACACCCACACCGUCCAGGCCCCGGUGCCACAACCACGCACUUUUGCAUCCAAAGCCAGCAGUACCAACGGAGGACUAAAGGAUCAAGAAAGUCCCCGGUUUCAAAAAGCCUUGACUGAAACCCCUUCAAGCCCAGCGACAAACCGUAGAGGUGAGAGUGCACACAUGGCCCAUGGUUCCUCUUCUGGGUCUGUCUCAUUUGCAUCUGGAGAUUUAGGCAGACAGGUCAAUGCUAGACUCACCUCUUCGUCCUCAACAGGAUCUUCUAGCCCCAGAUCCAGUGUUGGCUCAUCAGUCCAAGAAACUUCUUCCAGUCUUCAGCCCCAUUCACGUGCACUCCUUCCUCCAGACAGUCCCCAGUCAUCCCGUCGUGGUGUAGAACCAUCCAGCAUGCGUGAACUUCCUCCUCUCAGCCCGUCCACAGCACGCAGAGGUGUCCUUGGAGUGCCAGUUCUCCCUGGAGCUCUACCUGGCGUUCCUUUGACCUCUCGUGGCCGGACUGUACCAGAGAGUCCUCGUCUCCAACGACGAGCCAUGGCUGAGGAAGAAGUAGGUAAUACGAGAUUGCAGGCCAGAAGUCCAUCUCCUGUAUCUGCUCUUUUGAAGGACCAGUCUUGCGGUAAACAGAAGGGGGGUUUCACCCCAGCUCUAGGCUCUCAGACAGGUGUGUCUCCUCUCACUAGUCCCCGCAACCAGAGAAAGAACCCCAGGGAGCCUCGGCAGGUUCAGCCGCGUACACGGGAACGCAAGAACAGCAUUUCAGAGGUCAGCGACAAAGAGGAAGACCUGCUGGAGUACCAUCGCUGGCAAAGAGAAGAAAGGAUGCGUGAGCAGGAAAUGGAGAGACUGGAGAGGCAGAGGCUUGAGACCAUCCUGAAUUUGUGUGCCGAGUAUAAUAAGAGCGACCCUUCGGUGUGCGUGGACCCAGGGAGGGUGUGUCAUUUUCCAGGGAUGGAGGAGGUCUCUGUUCGGCGACCCGGCCCUGACCCUGCGAGUGUGCCUGCCCAGAGCUCUCACAGACAGAGAGAGAGUGAGGAGGAGAACCUGAAAGAGGAGUGUAGCAGCACUGAGAGCCAGCACCAGGAGCAUGAAGACUCGUCAGUGCUGGGGCAGCAGGAGAGAGCAUAUCUGGAGGAAGAGCGGCUCAGGGUUAUGGCUCGAGCGGACGAGCUGAAGACUCAUGUCACUGACCUGGAACAGCAGAUACAGGAGUCCAGACAAGAGGCAGAGAUGGAGAGGGCAUUACUGCAGGGGGAACGGAGGGCGGAGCUUGAUCAAGUAGAGGCAGAGCUGGAGAUCAUCAAUCAACUUCAGCUGAAACUGAAUGAAGUGGAAAAUUCAACUCGGAGGGAGAAAGAGAAGGAGAGAGCAAAAGUCUCAGCUGAGCGGGAUGUCCUGGCCAGGCUGAGGGAUUCGUACAGUGAGCUGAAGGGCCAGCUUCAUAAAUGCCCCGAAUCACUGAGGGAGCACUUACAGGAACAGCUGACCAGGAAGGUGGAGGCACUGGAGUCGGCCACUAAGCGCUUUGAGGAUUUGGAGUUCCGCCAGUUGGAGCGAGAGAGUGGCAUAGAAGAGGAGAAGGAGACGGUCAGCAGGCAGCUGUUGCAAGAGAAGGCGGAGUAUCACCGGAGUGUGGCCAAAAGGAAGGAGAAAAUGGCAGCUCUGGAGAUCCAGGCUAACCAACUUGGACUUCAGGCAGCUCAGGAUUGUGAAAGGAUGGCCAAAGAUAGAACCCUGGCCCUACAAAUGCUCCAGAAGGAAAAGGAAAGACUGUCUUCCCUGGAGAAGAGAUACCAGAGCCUGACCGGUGGAAAGAUUUUCUCCAAGCCUGCCAACUCGAAGGAGGAAGAGCUUUACAUCAGUGAACCUGACCUUUUAGAUGAACUCCCUACCCAAAAUUCUCUACUUCCCUCAUCUUGUUGUCAAAGAUCUACCCCUCAAAUAUAUUCUAACAGGCCACAGGAGGAGUACCUCAGACUCUCUGAUGUAUAUAAGAUGUAUGGGAACGGAUGUAUCCCCGCCCAGACUGCCUUCCCUAACGCUCUUUGUCUACCGCUGGCUGUAACAUCAGACACACCUCGUGAGGAGUAUGUGACAGUCGGUCAGUUAAACCAGCUGUUCGGGAUGCCCAAAGUUGACCCCUCCCCCACAUCUUCAGUCCAAUCAUUCCAAGCUAUUGUCGCUGACCCUGUCCACUCCAGCCAUGCAUCCAAGUGUGGCUCCUCCCAGUCACUUCCUGUUGAGACCCAGCCUGCAUGGAGUAGGCCCUCAAUCCCCAGGCUAGAUUCAGAGCGCUGGUACCAGGAGAUUAUGGCAGUUGGGGAGUCCAGUCAUGCUUGUCCUCCCCCUCUGCCAGCUAAGUGUAUCUCCUCACGUAAACCUAUGCAGAUCUAUAAACAGGACGGUGAGCUGGGACAGACCAACGGUACCUUUACACCCCCGCCUUCCAGUAUGACCACAUCAGGCAGAAACACACCCACCAAAAGUCUCCCAGACCUGUCUCCUGCUUAUUUGGACUUAGAUUCCAAGAGACAGUUGGAUCUACAGUGCAGAGGGCUCUAUACGUGUGAUGAUUCCAGAAUCAGGCUUACAGAUGCUAAACAGAGCCACUGGGGGGCACCGCAGGGCUCUCACUCCCCUUUCCCACCUUCAGGUGCUCCCAUGGUUCACCACUCCAUUCUGCACCACCAAGCACCUCCAGCUGGAGAGUCAACGUAUGACACUCUGAGUUUGGAGAGCUCUGACAGCGUGGAGACCAGCGUAUCUACUGGCAACAACUCCGCCUGUUCACCUGAAAGCAGCAAUGGGCUGGCAGGACUGAGGCUGGAGGAGAUGGAGAAGAUGUUGAAGGAGGCCCAGCAGGAGAAAGCCAGACUGGUGGAGAGUCGAGAGAGGGAAGUCCAGGCACGAAAGCAGAUGCUGGAGGCUGAGAGAAGGCGGCGAGAGGAGGUGGAGAGGAGGCUGCAGGAUGAGACUGCGCACAGACAGAGACUUGUGGAGGAAGAGGUCAAGCUGAGAGAGAAACAGUGUUCCCAGGCUCGGCCAAUGACGCGCUACCUGCCUAUUCGAAAAGAGGAGUUUGACCUGCGUUCUCAUGUGGAGUCAUCAGGCCACUGCGUGGACACAUGUGCAAAUGUCAUUGUUACAGAGAAAAUGUGCAAGGGCCAUCUUGUGAAGAUGGGCGGCAAGAUCAAAUCUUGGAAAAAACGCUGGUUUGUCUUUGAUCGACUUAAAAGGACCUUCUCUUAUUACGUAGAUAAACAUGAGACCAAAUUAAAGGGUGUCAUCUACUUCCAAGCCAUAGAAGAGGUGUAUUACGAUCACCUGCGCAGCGCAACUAAGAGUCCGAAUCCUUCGCUAACCUUUUGUGUGAAGACUCACGAUCGACUUUAUUUCAUGGUGGCACCGUCCCCAGAGGCCAUGCGCAUUUGGAUGGACGUCAUAGUAACCGGUGCCGAGGGCUACACGCAGUUUAUGACCUGAGGGAGAGUGGAUUCAAUUCUGCCUGCAAUGAUGUGAGAGCGGGCAGGACUCAUUUAACAGGACAUGUAACAUAUGCAAAAUUAUGUUUAAAAACUUCAGCCAGCACUGACUGAUUUCCUUGUCAUCGUGACAAGAGAAGAACUGGAAGCAGGCUGGCCUGAUUAUUGUGCAACUGAUGGUCAGAUUUUAUGUUACUAAAAAGAGAAGCUGAAAAUGUACAUUUUAUAUAUAUAUAUAUAUAUAUAUAUAUAUAUAUAUAUAUAUAUAUAUAUAUAUAUAUGGAUGGAAAUAGUGGAAGUGAAGAAUGUUUAUCUCUGUAUUGUUGUAAUACAGAGACAGGAGACAGUUACAGAGCUUACAGUAUUUUAUGGCAUUUCAAAUCAAUCAUAGACUCAGUACUUUUUUUUUUUUUUUUUUUUAAAUCUCUACAGUUGUAUGGUGCCAAGUAUUCAGGUGUAUAUACAUCAGUGUAUUACCUCUUUACUUCUAGUUAUUUAGGUGCAGUUACAUGGUUACAAUGAGAUGAAAUUUAAUAGUACAUGAUAGCAGUCAUAAUCUCUUUUUAGGUAGAAAGUCAGCAUUCACAUUUUAAAUGGCUAUGAAAGAUAUUUUAACGCAUUUCAUGUGCUGUAUGUGUCAGAUAUAUAUAUAUAAUGUUCUUUGCUGCAAAUAUUAUUAAACAAAUGGCUCGGGUGCUCAGAUAUGUAACUAAAAACUGUAGGCCUGCUACCUGAUUUGUAACUUUAUCAUACAAGAUUAUUUGGUGGGGGACCAUUGCAGUAAAUAUUUUUUGUUUUCAAGACCUUGGUACUUUUGUACCGACAGGUUUCGUCUUGCCAAAGUUGUCUUCACCCAUGUUGAUAUGUGUACUCUGACUUGCACAUCUUUUAUUUCAGGGUUUUAAAAAAUGUGUGGAUGUGCCACUUAUAAUCCGAUAUUUUGUGUAUUGUGCUGUUCAGAUUAUUGAUAUCCUCUUUAAUGAGAAGAACAGUGUGAACUUUUGAUAAUUCAGUGUUACAACACUAACAAUGUAUUUCUAAAUAUUAACUUUUUUUCAUUUGACAGAAACAAGUAGCAUAUACUCUGAGGCAAAUAAAAAAAAAAAGUCUGACAAAAUAGUGUUUUCUUCUGCUCAUAUAGGGGAGAGCUGAGCUAGUUGUCACACAUUUUACUAUAGUGAAUAUUUCUCAGGCUUGGUUUAUUCUUAAGUCAAUUUCUGCAUAGAGACAAAUGCUAAUAACUUGACUUGAUUGCUUUUAAUAUUUGGCAAUAAUAUUUUAUACUAUUGCCCAGGUGAAAAAAAAAAAAAAAAAGUAGUUCAUUGAACACAAGCAGUGGGACAACAGUUAAAAAUCUAAAACAAUUGUUACAUAACAAUUUAUGACAAUGCAGAGGAGAAAGGGUAACAUAUAAAAAAGAAAAAAAUAACUUUAAAAAAAUAUAUAUUUAAAUUGUUUGAGAUACAUUGUUAUAUAGUUGACUCUUAUCUGAACGUAUCUCAGUGUGGUUUUAUUUUGUUCACAGAUGUAACUAAAAUAUUCUUAAUAUCUUAAUUUAGUUGGGAAGAGAAAAAUAAUCAACAGUUUGUAAUUGAACAUUUAACUCAAACAUUGGUUAUUGAGAAAUUGUGACAACUUCCCUGUGUUAUAACAAGCCCUAACAAAUCAUGUAUAUAAAGUUCCCUGAUAAAAAUAUAACUCUCUGUAGGCAUGUAAUCAUAUUGGUAUAACCACAUUGAUCCAUGCAUUUAAAUAAUUUACAAAAUAGGAUCCUCUGACAAUAUUUUAUGCCUAAAAUAUUAUCAGUCACAUUGCACAAACUACUAUGCCAUAACCAGUGCUAAAUUUGCCUAACAGACAAAACAUAACUGGCAAAUCAUAUUUAUGACACCAUGGGUCAGUUCCGUAUGCAUUGUCAGGCAAUGUGAGGGUUCAGUUAUAAAAGACUCUUCUCUGUAACUGGAGAACACACAGAUACAACUGUAUCUGUUAAUGGACAGGGAAUUUCCCAAGACAGUCCCACAGUAUUAACAAUUUAAAAAUGAAAACAAAAAAAGUGUAUUUUUUUUUUAUUUUGACAAAGAAACAAUUUAACCCCUUCAGACCUGAAUUAUGUUCCAAAAGUAUAUUUUCAUGUUCUUAAGGCUUCCAUAAUGAGACCAAGUAAUAAUAAUAAAAA